UUAAAGCUUAAAGAGAAACUUUGUGACUCUUUGGUGUUUGGGACUCAAUGACAGAUUUCUUAAAUGGCUGAGGAGGUUUUAAUUUCAUCGCCGGGGAAAAUCACAUCGCACCUGACCGGUUCUCUGUUGGCGGUAGCAUUCCUCACCUCCUUCGGGAGCUCCAUGCUUUAUGGCUACAACCUGGCAGUGGUCAACUCUCCCGCUGUGUACAUAAAGGACUUCUACAAUAGGACGGUGGUGAGUCGAAAUGGCACAGGACUCAAUGGAGAGACUUUGACGCUCAUGUAUUCGCUCACCGUGUCUGUCUUUGCCAUCGGAGGUCUGCUGGGCUCCCUCAUCGUGGGCAUGCUGGUCACCCGCUUCGGCAGGAAAGGCACAGUGGUGAACACGACAGUGCUGGUAUUUAUCGCUGGCUCACUCAUGGGCUUCAGCAGGAUCUGUGGCUCACCUGAGAUGGUCAUCUUUGGCCGCUUCAUCACAGGCAUCCACUCAGGCAUCUCUCUGAGUGUCGUGCCCAUGUACCUGGGUGAGAUCGCUCCUAAGAACCUGCGAGGUUUCCUGGGUCUCGUGCCGAGCAUCUUCAUCGGCACUGGAGUCUUUGCUGCACAAAUCCUCGGCUUACAUGAGCUUCUCGGAAAGGAGGAGCACUGGCCCCUCUUCCUGUCUCUGGUGGUGGUACCCACAUUCAUCCAGCUGAUGCUGUUGCCAUGGUUCCCAGAAAGCCCCAGGUACCUGCUGAUUGAGAAGCACAACGUCCAUGCCACCAUCACAGCUCUGAAGUGGUACAGGGCCAAGUGUAACAUCCAGGCCGAGAUCGAGGAGAUGCAGGAGGAGCAGCGUUCCCUGUCGUCCGUGGAGACGCUGUCGGUGUGGCGACUGUUGCUAGACGACACAGUCCGUUGGCAGGUGCUCAGCGUGGUGGUCAUCAACAUGGGCAUGCAGCUGUCUGGCAUCGAUGCUAUCUGGUUCUACACCAAUGACAUCUUUGAGAAUGCAGGUAUCCCAGCACCAGAGAUACAGUACACCACAGCUGGCACAGGAAUCAUCGAAAUCGUUGCUGGACUCAUUGGGUGUUUCACCAUAGAGAAGCUGGGCAGGAGGCCUCUCAUCAUCGGGGGCUUCACCAUAAUGGGCAUCUGCUGUGCUGGGAUCACAUUUGCACUCAUUCUACAGGUUCAUAUAUCAUUUAUGCGCUAUAUCAGUGUCGGCUGUGUGGUUGGCAUCAUAGCUGGCUUCUGCAUUGGUCCAGCGGGCGUUCCCUUCCUGAUCACAGCUGAGCUGUUUAAGCAGUCUCACCGUCCAGCAGCCUACAUUGUAGGAGGAUCACUCAACUGGAUGUCCAACUUCACCGUGGGCUUCGUCUUCCCCUUCCUACAGAUGUCAGCAGGGUCCUACUGCUACCUGGUGUUUUCCACCGUCUGUCUGUCCGUGGCUGUCUACGUCUACUUUGUCAUUCCUGAGACAAAGAACAAGACAUUCAUGGAAAUCAGCCGGAUGUUCGCCAAGAAGGAGGCCAUCCCAGAGACCCAGGGUCUGGCCCAUGUGGAUCAGCUGAAGCUAAGGAAGAUGAAUGGCUAUGGCACCCUGGAGCAUGGUUCACUGGAGUUUGACAGCUCUUCUUCUGUACCUUAACAAAGAUUCAGGUUCUCCCGGUGAACAGUUCAAUCAAUAGUGCUCCUUACAUCCUUGACAUAUAAGCGUUAAGUCAACAGCACCCACCUGGACCCAGUGGGCUUAGGUUGGGUCAAGCUGGAUUUUUCA